AAAAAAAUCCGCUGCAUAGGAUCACCGGCGUGCCCCACCCUGUCAGACACGGCCGUGGACACCAGCUCCGAGAUCACCACCAAGGACUUAAAGGAGAAGAAGGAAGUUGUGGAGGAGACAGAGAAUGGAAGAGAUGCACCUGCGAAUGGGAACGCUAAUGAGGAAAACGGGGAGCAGGAGACUGACAAUGAGGUAGAUGAAGAAGAGGAAGAAAGAGGGGAGGAGGAGGAAGAAGAAGGUGAUGGUGAGGAAGAGGAUGGAGAUGAAGAUGAGGAGGCUGAGGCAGCUACAGGCAAAUGGGCAAAUGAAGAUGAUGAGGAUGAGGAUGUUGACACCAAGAAGCAGAAGACCGAUGAGGAUGACUAGACA